AAUAGGAAAAAUAUUUGUAAAGUCGUUACAUGAAUUGGUUACGAAGAAGGAAGGAAAAACAUGGCGAUUCUCCACUCUUGCUGUUGCUGGAAGUCCGUCAGGAGGGGAAGUUUUGCUAGUGGAAUAUUCACUCUAGGAUUCUACACAGUCGUCUUAACAGCUGGAGCCUUUCACAUCAAUACAGUUCUUCACUCUCCAGUUCUGUUUGUCUUCAGUUUGUUCAUGUUGAUCAUUUCUGGAUUCUGUGUUAUUUCAUCGGUUUUGCUUUUGGUUGGAUUAUGCGCGGACAAUCGCCUAAUGUUAUUGCCUUGGAUCGUAUCUAUUUCUAUGACGACUGUCUUGGAUCUCGUCUUAUCUUUUUACUUAAUUAGCGAAUCGCAAAUUGAUCCACUUCUGAUGUUCCUAUUCGCUCUCGACUUUUUAAUCUGUUGUUUAAAUAUAUACUGUUUGUUGUGCGUUGUCUCGCAAUACCAAGAGUAUCUUGCUGGUAGAGGAAGAGGUGGUUUAGCGGCUAAUAUACAGCCAAUACCGAUCGUUAGAUUUCAACACAGUUCGGAAAAGGAACAGCAACUAUCGAUAAAAUUCGAUAAGCAAAUCCAUUCGGUUGAUCAUCUGGCGGCUCCUACUUUCAGCAUUUCAUCUAAGUCAACAGAACUGAGUUCCCUAUCUUUUGAUCCAAACGAAAUAGAAAGAAGCGAAUACGAAGUAUCAAGACUCAGUCCUAACCAUUUACAAAGUGAAAACGAAAAUCAGCAAACAAUUACGAGCAGGAAUAGUUUACUUUUGUGCCCUGGCUAUCCAUGAAAAUAGCCUUUUUAAAACCCUAAAAUAUUCGUAUUUGUUUUAAAACAGUUAAAGAAUCGAGCUUGUUAAUAAAGAAAAAAAAAUCAUAUUUGAUCGAGACCAAGAUGCAUAAGCUUUAUAAAUUCAUCAAAUUGUUUAUCC